ACGUAAGCGGUAAGGCUCUGUCAACAUGGUUGACUGUGGCAGCCCUCGGUGCGCCCAAGAGAGACGUUCGUUUCGCAGAGAGCUCCAGUGUCUGAGUAAGAAGCUGCCUCUUGUGCUGGGGCUGGAGAGAAUAGCAGCUGAGUUUGUUGAUGAAGACACAGCCAAAAGUUUCCUAGACCCUUACCCAGAUUGGGAGAAGGACAUAAGCCAGGAUUUUGAACCAUCUAAAAGGUGUUUUCAUUGUGAGAAAAAAUUGCCUAAUAUUUAUAAGCGGAUACAACGGAUUAUAGAUGAUGCUAAAAAAGGAAAAGAAAAUAGUGGUAAAAUAUGCUUAAGGUCGCUGCAAGAUUUAAUGCCCUUCUGCAUUGACUUCUACACACAUGGCUUUGGACGUGAGCUGUUCAGUGAUGUGGUGAAGGCUCACUUUCUGACAGCUGUGUCUGACAUGAAGGAGGAGACAGAGGCCACACCCCCUAAUGAUCUGCUGGCCAGGCUCAGGGUGCCUCAUUUAACAGGGAGAUCCAAUAGAAGACAAGACUCAGCUAGGUCGACCUACACGGACGAGGACCUACAGUCUGCUGUGUCUGACAUUGCCAGCGGCAGGCUGGGCACCAGAAGAGCCUCAAUGAUUUAUGGGAUACCACGCUCCACUCUGAGAAGUAAAAUAGUCAAAUGUGAAGCAGACACUGGCAGGGAUGAGUUUGUUGAUGAGAGGCCACAACUGGUGGAGCCUGGUCUCUUUGGUCUGUGUGAGUCCAUGCUAGCUCCCAUGUCCUUCCUGCCUGCCUAUCCCAUGGCCAUCAAGCUGGAGCAGGAAGAUGCCAGCCUGCUGGUGGAACACAGGCUUAGCCAGAUCAGAAGGAUGCACAACUUGAAUGGCUUGAGCCAUCCCAGGCCUGCCCAUGCCAAUCACUUAAAACUUCCACUCCUAGUCAACGUUGUUCGCAAGCUGGUCAAUCAAAAGCUGCAGGAAAUCAAGCAGAACUAUGGCUUAAAGAACUCUUUUGAGGCCAAAGUUAAACCAACUCAGGAGAGUGAAUUCAGUCCCUUUGCACAGUUCCUGCCAGCUUUCUCUCCCUUCCUUUCAGUUAGCAGCAAUGAUGAGAACUUGACAGCGCCAAUGUACAAGCACAUCAUGGAGAGUAUCUACAGCAACAUGAUGAAGGAGGAGAACCCAGUACCCAAACCCUUUGGUAAAGUCAACGAGAGCAGCCGCAUUGGUGACACACUGAAAGAUAUUAUUGCCAAAACUAUCUCAGAAAAGAUGAGAUUCAGAGAUGGAAGUUCAGAUGAGAGUUCCCUUCAGUCCAACCCUGAAGUCUGCAAAAGUCUGCUAGGCAAGUCUGUAGAGAGUUCCCAAAGAAAGGCCGUCAAGUUGUCUGGUUGCUCCCCCCCAAAAUGUAAGAAGAAAGAUGCUGGUAAAGCCGGCAGCUCUGGGGAGUCAGGCAAGAAGACCCGGCCCAAGCGGGGUCAAUACCGCAAGUACAACUCUCAGCUUUUGAUGGAUGCGGUCAAGGCCGUCCAGCGGGGGGAGAUGAGUGUCCACAGGGCAGGCAGCUACUUUGGUGUGCCCCACUCCACUCUGGAAUAUAAGGUCAAAGAGAGGCAUUUGUUGAGGCAGAAGAAAUGCCGAGACUCCCAGUCCCCUUCCAGCUCUAAGGAAGACGCCCCCAGUGCCUGCAGCCCCACGAUGGAGGAGGACAGCAAGCCACUGAACGGCUCAGCUUCUCCCCUACCAGUGCAACUGAAAACUCCCUCAACAUCCAAGUGUGGGCUCUCCCCCACAGCUCCGUGUGCCUUAGGUGUGCCAACCCCGCCCGAUGGCCUGGCCUGGUUCCAGCCUUACAUGACGUCCCCACAGCUGGAGGUCCAGCCAGCUCUGAGCACCUCAGCAUCAGAGCUGUUGAUCCAGCUCCAGCACAAGGUCCAGGCCAAGUGUGGCUCAGGCUGUUGAUCCAGCUCCAGCACAAGGUCCAGGCCAAGUGUGGCUCAGGCUGUUGA